UUUAACGGUUUAACCCCCUUCAUAGGGUUACGCUGUCUGAUAGUGAACCGAAGAAGCAUGUAAACCGGGUUUUGUUCAUGACAACCCGCUCAACCACUCAACUCAACGGCUCGUGUUUCGUUGAACCGGAAGAAACCCAUUCAGAGAAACGUUCAUGGAGUUCGAUUCCAUAACCGAUGAAGAAACUCAGAAUCACUUCAUCGCUUUCAAAUCACAGUGAAAAACAUGGUUUUCGCUGAAACCCAUAAGCACUUUAUAGACAGUAUCAGUGCAAUUAUCGUAAAGGGUCAUUGGAACAAUCUCUCAAAACCCAAAAUCGCUUCAACUCUCACUUCCACCACCAUUCACCAAUGUAUCUUGCACCUCACACAACACCAUUACGAACCUUUUUUCAUCUUCUCAUUUUUCAAAUGGGCUCAUUCCAUCCCACACUACACUCACUCCUUACAAUCUUCAUGGUCCAUGCUUCACAUACUCACCAAACACAGACAUUUCAAAACUGCACACCAGGUGCUUGAUAAAAUUGCCCAAAAGGAAUUACUUUCAAAUCCUUCAGUUUUGAAUUCUCUGGUGAAUAUUCACGAUGACCCUGAAGUUAAUUCACAUGUUUUGAGUUGGGUUGUGAUACAUUAUGCGAAAUCGAAGAUGACCCAUGAUGCGGUUCAGGUUUUCGAGCAUAUGAGUUUGUGUAAUUUAAAGCUGCAUUUGCCUGCUUGUACUGUGCUUUUGAACUCUUUGUUGAAAGAUGGUGUUACUAGCAUGGUGUGGAAGGUUUAUAAGAGAAUGGUUCGAGAUGGGGUUGUUCCGAAUAUCUAUAUUUAUAAUUGUUUGAUUCACGCUUGUUUGAAAUCGAGAGAUGUGGAGAGGGCGGAGUUUUUAUUGAAUGAGAUGGAAGGAAAGUGUGUGGUUCCUGAUAUUUUCACAUACAAUACUUUGAUAGCUUUGUAUUGCAAAAAGGGGAUGCAUUAUGAGGCCUUAUCGGUCCAGGAUAAAAUGGAAAGAGAGGGGAUAAAUCUUGAUAUUGUUAGUUACAAUUCUCUUAUUUAUGGAUUUUGCAAAGAAGGUAGGAUGAGGGAAGCUAUGAGGAUGUUCGGCGAAAUCAAAGGUGCCACUCCCAAUCUUGUUACAUAUACUACAUUGAUUGAUGGUUAUUGUAAAACAAAUGAACUGGAGCAAGCUUUGAGAUUGCGCGAGAUGAUGGAGGCUAAGGGAUUGUACCCUGGUGUUGUUACUUAUAAUUCGAUUUUGCGCAAGCUGUGUUCUGAUGGCAGGAUAAGGGAUGCAAACAAACUCUUGAAUGAGAUGAGUGAGAAAAAAAUUCAAGCUGACAAUAUCACGUGUAACACACUGAUUAAUGCGUAUUGCAAGAUAGGAGAUUUGAGUUCUGCUUUGAAGUUUAAAAAUAAGAUGGUAGAAGCUGGACUGAAGCCUGAUCCCUUUACAUAUAAAGCGCUGAUUUGCGGGUUCUGCAAAUUGAGCGAGCUUGAACGUGCGAAGGAACUAUUGUUUGGCAUGCUUGAUGCUGGAUUUUCUCCAAAUUAUAGCACUUACUCAUGGAUUGUAGAUGGCUAUUGCAAGAAAGACAAUACCGAUGCAGUUCUAGCACUGCCGGAUGAGUUUCUGAGUAAAGGUAUUUGUCUCAAUGUUUCUGUUUACAGGGCAUUGAUAAGAAGGUUAAGCAAGAUAGAAAGGAUUGAAUGUGCUGAAAAGUUGUUAGUUCAUAUGGAAGGAAAAGGUAUUUCAGGCGAUAGUGUUAUCUACACUAGUGUUGCUUUUGCUUACUGGAAAUCAGGGAACACAAAUGCUGCUUCAAACAUGUUAGAAGAAAUGGCUAGGAGGAGGUUGAUGAUCAAUGCCAAAAUCUAUAGAUGCUUUAGUGCUCCUGAUGCUAGUGAAAACAAAGUUUCACAGAUGUUUUGGGAUCAUAUGGUGGAAAGGGGUCUGAUGUCAAGAAAUACAAUGUAUAAAAUAAACCAAGUGCUGAUAUGAUAUGAUGAUAAUCUUGCUUAUUCAAUUUCAUGUAAUUGUAUGCAAUGUAUUGCGUCUGGUUAUGGUUAUCAGAGGGUCUUUCAUAUCUCAUCAAGAGUUUGAAAAGUCAGAUAUUUAUUUUUUAAAUUAGUGAAGAAAAAAUUAUUAUUAACUAGGCCAAAUCCAUCCUGGAGUCCUUUUUCUUACCUUUUUCGGUUAAUAAGAUAAAAUGUUUACAACAUCCUUUUAAUACUAUCAA